CACCCACCCACCCAGCCACAUAACGCGCUUUAUGUGGUUUCGAAACGGCUGGAGCGCCAGUUGGCCUCGCCAGGAUCGGUGUAUGUGGAUAGCGGUCGCCCUCCUCAGGAGGGCGGCGGCGGCGGCCUUCUCACCGGAAGGAUAAAGAGGAGCAGGGACACGUUCGCGUUCAUAGAGCAAGACAGCGGCGGGGACGAAGUCUUCGUGUUGCCCAAUGACUGUGCCGGGGGACAGAUACCUCCUGUUGGGGCGCGGAUUCGGUACGCGAUCGGGAUCGACAAAAAGAAGGGCCGUCCCAAGGCAGUGCAAGUGGUGCCGUUGGACGAGCCCGACCCGGCUGCCGUGAACGCCUGGGACGAGAACGAGGGUUCGGAGAUGGGCUUCGUCGCGAAAAACGAGGGAACGAUGGGGCUCAUCCAGCCGGACAGCGGUGCCGCGAUGCUGCUCGUGCUGCCAGCAAGCUGCACUGGCUUCGGCGGCCAGAUCCCGCCGGUCGGCAUCCGCGUGGAGUACGACGCGGGCGCCGACCCGGAGAGGCAGGAGCCCUGCGCCCUGAACGUGUGGCCGCCCGGCAUGCGCCGGCGGGCGGCGCGGCCGCGGGCCACCAGCGGGCGCGCCGCGGACGUGCGCACCGGGAUCGUGAAGAGGAACUUCGUGAAGUACGGCUACCUCGUGCGGGACGACGGAGAGCCAGACAUCUUCUUGCUCCCGGCGCAGUGCAUCUGGCCCACCGUUUGCUGUCUUCUGGUGGUCGGCUUCGACCGGGCCAUCCCGCCCGAGGGCACCCGCGUGCAGUUCCUGGAGGGCGUCGACCCCAUCAAGGGGCAGCCGCUGGCCGAGGCGGCGUGCAGCUUGCCCGAGCUCCUGACGGGCACGGUGGUUGUCAACAAGGAGGGGUUCGGCUUCAUCGCCCCGGACGGGGACGCCGAGGCGAAGAUGCUGUUCGUGCUGCCCCAGUUCUGCUACGCCUUCCAGCGCAAGAUCCCCCCACCUGGGACCCGGGUGCAGUACGAGCUGGGGGUGGAUCCCAAGAAGGGGGAGCCCCUCGCCAAGAACGUGCAGCCCACCGGGGAGCCUCCCGUGGAGCUGAGCGCCAAGGGCACCAGGGCCUGGGGCGCGGACUGGGACGGAGGCGCGUGGGACUGGGCCCAGGACCAGGACUGGGGCGAGGACUCCGGCGGCGACUGGGGCAGCGCGCCCGCGCCGCCCACGAUGCGAGCCCCUCCCGCCGCCGAUCCCGACGGGGUGCGCACCGGCACGAUCAGCAGGAGCGUCGCCAAGUUCGGCUACGUCGCGCAGGACAGCGGGGAGCCCGACCUCUUCGUGCUCCCCGCGGCGUGCAAGGGCUUCGAGCUCGCCAUCCCGCCGCCGGGCACGCGGGUGGCCUACCGCAGGGGCAGGGACCCGAAGGGCAUGCCCGUGGCGCAGGACGUCCGCCCGGAGGCGGACGUGCGCCCCGCGAAGGCGCUGCGCGGCAUGAUCGGGAGGAAUCGAAUCUCGACAAGUUCGGCUACGUCAUGCGGGACAGCGGGGAGGCCGACCUCUUCGUGCUCCCCAGGCAGUGCGCAGCCUUCGGCGGCCGCAUCCCGCCGGUGGGCACGCGCGUCUCCUUCGCCCUCGGGGCGGGCCCGGGGCUCCCCUCGGCGGAGGACGUCCGCCCCGAGGAGGCCCCGGAGCCCGAGGCCGCCGCGGGGCCCUGGGAGGGCUGGUGGGCGGGGCCCGGCGCGCCGGGGCGGGGCGAGGAGGGCCCGGCCGAGGAGGCGCCGAGGAGGAAAAGAUCUCGGGGGCGGCAGAGAAGGAGGGCCUGGCUGGGGCAUUCGCCGCGGAGGCGGCGGGCAUCGUGACGCAGAACAAGGGCAAGUUUGGCUUCAUCACACAGGACAUCGCGGGGAGCCCGACCUCUUCGUGCUGCCCGGCGCCUGCUGUGGGGGGGAGGUCCCCCCCGUCGGCACCCGCGUGGCCUACACCAUCGGCGCCAACGCCAAGACGGGGCAGCCCCUCGCUCAGGGCGUGCGCCCCGAGGGCGAGCCGGGCCCGGGGGCGGCGGCCGGGGCGGGCGCCGGGGAGGCGUCGGGGGUCGUGUCGCAGAACAAGGGCACGUUCGGCUUCAUCACCCAGGAGACGCGGGCGUCCCGGGCGAGCUCUUCGUGCUGCCGGGCGCCUGCGCCGACUGGGAGAUCCCCCCCGUGGGCACCCGCGUGGUCUACACCGUGGGCGCCGACGCGAAGAAGGGGCAGCCCCUGGCCCGAGGCGUGCGCCCAGCGGGCGAGCCCGCGCCGACGCGGCGGCGGCGGAAGUGGCAAGCGCCCGGAGGCGACGACGGCCUCGCCGACGGCGGCAGCGCCGAGGCGGAGGCGGUCCCCAAGCGGCCCAGGGGCCUGUGAGGCCCAGGCCCAAAGAACAAACAGAUGCACAGUUUUAUGAUUAUGCCGUUGCUUAUUCCUCUACCAAGGACUCCCUGCUGCGGCCGAGCGGCCUGCGCGGCGGCUUCUGCGCGGGGGGGGCAGGAAAAAGGCAACCAUCGGGGGAGGAAGGUACGCGUAUCGACACCGCUGCUCGUCUUGGAGAGCCCUCGUCGCCACGGUUGGAAUAUCAUCGGCAUGCUGGUCAGAACGCAGCCGGGGGAGUGGGGUCAGCGAAUUGGAGGUGUUGGUGUCUUGACGUUCCUCCAAACACAAGACUCGUUUUCGCCGUCGGCCGCACACUACCAUGUUGCUUCCUCCUUCCUCUCCAAUUCGGCGCGCUCGGGCAUCAUCUUCCUCUCCCC